CUCCGUGUAUGCGGGACUCUGCUGUCACAUGAUCAUUAUCACAGGUCCUUUAAUCACAUUCUCUUCUAUCAUGAACUGUUGAGCUCCGCCAACUCCUGUCACAUGAUCCUCCCCACAGGUCCUUCAGCCACGGUCACAUCUAAACUGCUAAAUUUGCCUCCCAAAUGUACUGGUCACAUGAUUGUGACAUCAUCACAGGUCCUACACCUCCAGCAUGUAGCAGAUACAGAGCAGGUCCUGGUGGGGCAGUCACUGCUAUUGUGUGUGGAGAUCUCUCAGAGCAGCAGCCCCUGAUCAUGUGACUCCUCCUCCUCCAUGUGACUGAUCACAUGACGGUGACAUCAUCGCAGGUCCUGUAAGCACAUGGCUCCUCUACAGAUACAGGUUUCUCCAAUCCAGGAUCCUCUGCUGAUAUCUUCUAUAUAAGAGAAUUCUCCUGGAUGACCCAUCAACCAUGGAGAGAGACAGGAACAAGAUGGCCAACAGGAUCAUAAACCUCACCCUACAGAUACUCUUCCGGCUUACUGGAGAGGAUUUCACAGUAGUGAAGAAGUCCUCUAGUGGGUGCUGUCAAGCCCCUGUGUGUGAAGGAUUGGGAAGAACCCUGAGCCCAAUCCCGGGGCCCCCACCUCACUCCCUGAUACAUGAGGAAAUGGAUGAACAGAAGAUCCUAGAACUCAUCAACAAGAUGAUGGAGCUGCUGACUGGAGAGGUUCCUAUAAGGUGUCAGGACGUGGCGGUCUAUUUCUCCAUGGAGGAGUGGGAGUAUGUAGAAGGACACAAGGAUCAGUACAAGGAUCAGGUCAUGAUGGAGGAUCAGCAGCCCCUCACAUCACCAGUCAGAUCCAGUAAGAGAACAGCACCAGAGAGGUGUCCCCGUCCUCUUCUUCCACAGGAUGAUCAGGGUGAAGAUCCGAACAAUAUUAAAGCUACAGAGACAGAUGUGAGCGGCGAUGAGCAGGAUAAGGAGAACUUUCCUACGGAGAAAGAUCUGAUCUAUAUUAAUGCUACAGACAUAAAGGAAGAAGAAGAGACAGAUGUGAGCAGUGAUGAGCAGUAUAAGGACAUUCCUACAGGGGAAGAUCUGAUCUAUAUUAAUGCUCCAGAGACAGAUGUGAGCCAUAAUAAGCAGUAUAAGGAGGACAUUCCUACAGAAAAAGAGCUGCUCUAUAUUAAUACUACAGACAUAAAGGAAGAACAAGAGACAGAUAUGAGCGGUUAUGAGCAGUAUAGGGAGGACAUUCCUACAGGGAAAGAUCUGAUCUAUAUUAAUGCUACAGACAUAAAGGAAGAACAAGAGACAGACGUAAACAUUGAUGAGCAGUAUAAGGAGGACAUUCCUAUAGGGAAAGAUCUGAGCUAUAUUAAUGCAACGGACAUAAAGGAAAAACAAGAGACGGAUGUCAGCAGUGAUGAGCAGUAUAAGGAGGACAUUCCUACAGGGAAAGAUCUGAUCUAUAUUAAUGCUACAGAUAUAAAGAAAGAAGAAGAAGAGACAGAUGUGAGCGGUGAUGAGCAGUAUAAGGAGGACAUUCCUACAGAGAACCGCACUGAUUCUUGUACCAGGAGAUCAGAGGAGAAUCUUAUAUCUUCAGAUUAUAAAGCAGAUGAUGAUAUCACACAAGAUACAUAUGAAGAACAUUCCAUUAUCCCAGAUACACCCUCAGCCCUUCACAGCCAAGAUCUGUCAUCUCAUCCUUAUAUACAGGUCCUGUCUUCUCAUUCAUCACAGGAUGUUCAGCAAAAAAAAGGUCACAGAAGGGAUGUUGGACAUCAACGAGCUCAUACAGGAAAGAAACCAUAUUCAUGCUCAGAAUGUGGGAAAUGUUUUACUAAGAAAUCACAUCUUGCUGGACAUCGAAGAACUCACACAGGAGAGAAGCCAUUUUCAUGCUCAGAAUGUGGGAAAUGUUUUACUUUUAAAUCAAAUCUUGUUGUACAUCAGAGAACUCACAAAGGAGAGAAGCCAUUUUCAUGUUCAGAAUGUGGGAAGUGUUUUACUCGGAAACCAAAUCUUAUUGAACAUCAAAGAACUCACACAGAAGAGAAGCCAUUUUCAUGUUCAGUAUGUGGGAAGUGUUUUACUCGGAAACCAAAUCUUAUUGAACAUCAAAGAAUUCACACAGAAGAGAAGCCAUUUUCAUGCUCAGAAUGUGGGAAAUGUUUUACUUUUAAAUCAAGCCUUGUUGUACAUCAAAGAACUCACACAGGGGAGAAGCCAUUUUUAUGUUCAGAAUGUGGGAAAUGUUUUACUUUAAAAUCAAGUCUUAUUGUACAUCAACAAACUCACACAGGAGAGAAGCCAUAUUCAUGUUCAGAAUGUGGGAAAUGUUAUACUCAUCAGCCAAGUCUUAUUAGACAUCAAAAAACUCACACAGAGGAGAAGCCUUUUUCAUGCUCAGAAUGUGGGAAAUGUUUUACUCAGAAAUUAGACCUUGUUGUACAUCAAAGAAGUCACACAGGGAAGAAGCCAUUUUCAUGUUCAGAAUGUGGGAAAUGUUUUGCUCAGAAAUCAUAUCUUGUUGUACAUCAAAGAACUCACACAGGGGAAAUGCCAUUUUCAUGUUCAAAAUGUGGGAAAUGUUUUACAUUUAAAUCAGGUCUUGUUGUACAUCAACGAACUCACAUGCGAGAGAAGCAAUUUUCAUGCUCAGAAUGUGGGAAAUGUUUUGCUCAGAAAUCAGAUCUUGUUAAACAUCAAAGAACUCACACAGGAGAGAAGCCAUUUCCUUGUUCAGAAUGUUGGAAAUGUUUUACUCAGAAAUCAGACCUUGUUGUACAUCAAAGAACUCACACAGGAGAGAAGCCAUUUUCAUGUUCAGAAUGUAGAAAAUGCUUUACUCAGCAAUCACAUCUUGUUCAACAUCAAAGAACUCACACAGGGGAGAAGCCAUAUCUAUACAAACCCGAAAUAGACGCCUUCCUAGUUUGUGGACCUACCUUUUCUUCAAAAGAGGAGGAAGACAAUUUGGAAGUUGAGACACUUGGAGAAAAUGAGAAGGCGGCAGAGAGAAGAUGGGGAAGAACCCUGAGCCCUAUCCUGGGGACCCCACCUCACUCCCCGAUACAUAAGGAAAUGGAUGAACAGAAGAUCCUAGAACUCAUCAACAAGAUGAUGGAGCUGCUGACUGGAGAGGUUCCUAUAAGGUGUCAGGACGUGGCGGUCUAUUUCUCCAUGGAGGAGUGGGAGUAUGUAGAAGGACACAAGGAUCAGUACAAGGAUCAGGUCAUGAUGGAGGAUCAGCAGCCCCUCACGUCACCAGUCAGAUCCAGUAAGAGAACAGCACCAGAGAGGUGUCCCCGUCCUCUUGAUGAGCAGAAUAUGGAGGACAUUCCUACAGGGAAAGAUCUGAUCUAUAUUUAUGCUAUUGACAUAAAGGAAGAAGAAGAGACAGAGGUGAGCGGUGAUGAGCAGUAUAAGGAGUACAUUCCUAUAGGAAAAGAUUUGAUCUAUAUUAAUGCUACAGACAUAAAGGAAGAAGAAGAGAAAGAUGUGAGCAGUGAUGAGCAGUAUAAGGAGGACAUUCCUACAGGGAAAGAUCUGAUCUUUAUUAAUACUACAGACAUAAAGGAAGAAGAAGAAGAGACAGAUGUGAGCGGUAAUGAGCAGUAUAAGGAGGACAUUUCUACAGAGAAAGAUCUGAUCUAUAUUAAUGCUGCAGACAUGAUAGUAAAAGUUGAAGAAGAGACACAUGUGAGCGGUGAUGAGCAGUAUAAGGAGGACAUUCCUUCUGGUAACCACCCAGAUUCUUGUAGCAGGAGAUCAGAGGAGAAUCUUAUAUCUUCAGAUUAUAAAGCAGAUGAUGAUAUCACACAAGAUACAUAUGAAGAACAUUCCAUUAUCCCAGAUACACCCUCAGCCCUUCACAGCCAAGAUCUGUCAUCUCAUCCUUAUAUACAGGUCCUGUCUUCUCAGUCAUCACUGGAUUUUCAGCAAAAUAAAAGCCACAGAAGGGGUGUUGGACAUCAACAAGCUCAUAUAGGAAAGAAACCAUAUUCAUGCUCAGAAUGUGGGAAAUGUUUUACUUUUAAAUCAGGUCUUGUUACACAUCAAAGAACUCACACAGGAGAGAAGCCAUUUUCAUGUUCAGAAUGUGGGAAAUGUUUUACUCAGAAAUUAGAUCUUGUUAGACAUAAAAGAACUCACACAGGGGAGAAGCUAUUUUCAUGUGCAGAAUGUGGGAAAUGUUUUACUGAUAAACCAAGUCUUGUUCAACAUCAAAGACAUCACACAGUGGAGAAGCCAUUUUUAUGCUCAGAAUGUGGGAAAUGUUUUACUCGGAAAUCACAUCUUGUUGUACAUCAGAGAACUCAUACAGGAGAGAAGCCAUUUUCAUGUUCAGAAUGUGGGAAAUGUUUUGCUCAGAAAUUAGAUCUUGUUAGACAUAAAAGAACUCACACAGGGGAGAAGCCAUUUUCAUGUGCAGAAUGUGGGAAAUGUUUUACUGAUAAAUCAAGUCUUGUUCAACAUCAAAGAAAUCACACAGGGGAGAAGCCAUUUUCAUGCUCAGAAUGUGGGAAAUGUUUUACUCGGAAAUCACAUAUUGUUGUACAUCAAAGAACUCACACAGGAGAGAAGCCAUUUUCAUGUUCAGAAUGUGGGAAAUGUUUUGCUCAGAAACCAGAUCUUAUUAAACAUCAAAGAACUCACACAGGAGAGAAGCCAUUUUCAUGUUCAGAAUGUGGGAAAUGUUUUGCUCAGAAAGCAAAUAUUGUUAAACAUCAAAGAACUCACACAGGAGAGAAGCCAAUUCAGAGCAAUAGCAAUAGCUACAUUGAAAGGACUAGCUGUCAUUUACCACAGUGGUUGGAUAAUAUUCCAAAGAGUCAAUUUUUACGUUUGAGAAGGAAUUGCACAAUGCUGGAAGACUUUGAAAAUGAAGCAAAUACUCUGAAAUCCAAAUCUUUGAGUAAAGGAUACAAGGAGGAAAUAUUAACCAAUGCAAUGGAUAAAGCAUUUAUCACAGUUAUCCCCAAAGAGGGUAAGGACCCCAACCUGUGUCAAAGCUAUCGACCGAUUUCCCUUAUUAAUGUGGAUGCCAAAUUAUACGCCAAAAUGCUUGCGCUGCGAUUGAGCCCGCUCUUAGGUGCCCUCAUCCACCCUGACCAAGUGGGAUUUGUCCCCGCCAGAGAGGCUCGAGACAACACCUUGAAAACCUUCUCUGUCAUGCACUACGCCCAGACUGCUCGGCUGCCGUGCAUCCUGUUAUCCCUGGAUGCCGAGAAGGCCUUCGAUAGAAUGGCGUGGGGGUUCCUGAGGGGUGCUCUCACGCAACUGGGUUUAGACCCCCUAAUGCUCCAGCGUAUUUUUGCUCUCUAUGCCAAUCCGCAAGCUAGGGUCAGGGUCAAUGGGUCCUUAUCCUCCCCUAUCACCAUCCGCAAUGGCACCAGACAGGGUUGCCCCCUUUCCCCCUUACUCUUUGUUCUAAUGAUGGAACAUCUCCUCCAGGCUAUUAGACAAUGUGAAGCGAUCAGGGGGGUCCCGAUAAAGCAUGAAGUGGUCAAAUGCGCGGCAUUUGCCGAUGAUUUAUUGUUAUACCUUUCUGCCCCUGAUGAGAGCCUCCCUGCUCUCCUCUCACUUUUGGAUGAAUAUGCCGCCUUAAGCAAUUAUAAGUUAAAUGUUUCUAAGAGUGUUGCCCUCGAUGUCUCCCUGGGCCCGCAGGCUGUUUUGGUGCUCAAGGGGCGAUUCGCCUUUCGUUGGGCGUCCUCCUCCUUCACAUAUUUGGGGAUUCAGUAUCUCUUCCUGACUCUUCCUAUCUUCCUCCCCCGCUCCUUCUUCCAGACUCUCAACAGACUGUUUACCCGCUAUGUCUGGGGCUCACAUGGACACUGUAUGGCCCGACGGGGUCUGACUCGACCGAAGACGGACGGGGGACUGGCCCUUCCCGACCCCUAUUUAUAUUACCUGGCCUCGGUUGCCACUAGGGUUAUGGACUGGUUCCACCAUCAAGACCGUAAGCUUUGGGUGCGUUUGAAGGCCCUCCUUUCCCCGCUCCCACUGACGUCCCUUCCUUGGAUGCGAGCGUCCUAUUGGUCUGCUGCUCACUUGACGGGUCUCCCGCUAGUGGCGCGGUCAGUGCUCCGGGUGUGCCUCCGUUACUUGGGUGCGGCGGGCCUCCUACGCCCCAAUGGCCCUUUGACACCGAUAUGUGGCAACCCUGACUUCCCCCCGGGGAGACUCUCUAGCUCUUUCCUGACAAGGCUGCGUGGGACAGUGUUCCAGUUUGUCCAUGUCCUUCACUCUGGGUCCCUGAAGUCUCUAGCGGAGGUCCUACAGGGGCAACUGACACACUUCUACGCAACCUGGAGGCUCUCCUUAGACCUCCACAGGCCAUCCUUGUGUAUAGCUGACAACUCUCCAGGUCAUCUUAUUUCGGUGCUCUAUGCCCUUCUGCAGUCGAGUGAUGAUGCUCGGGCUCUGGCCCAUAGGGAGGGAUGGUCCCGGGAGAUGGGCCGCACCUUUGCCCCUCAGGACUGGGAAAAGGCGUGUACCUUGUGCCAUAAAUCCUCCGUGUCUGUUAAAAUUCAGGAAACAAAUUUCAAAAUCCUGUCGAGGUGGUACCGUGUGCCGACUUUGCUUCACCGAUGCUACCCGUCAGUCCCUGACACGUGUUGGAGGUGUGGCUCUGCCCCUGGGACCAUGGUACAUAUCUGGUACGAUUGCCCUCUUAUUACGCCCUUUUGGUCGGUAGUCCUAGACGCAGUCUUCAGGAUUGUGGGCUUUGCUGUUCCGAGGUCCCCUCAGGCUGCCCUGCUGUCCAUGCUGCCGGGCCAGAUAAGGUGUCAGGACGUGGCGGUCUAUUUCUCCAUGGAGGAGUGGGAGUAUGUAGAAGGACACAAGGAUCAGUACAAGGAUCAGGUCAUGAUGGAGGAUCAGCAGCCCCUCACAUCACCAGUCACAUUCAGUAAGAGAACAGCACCAGAGAGGUGUCCCCGUCCUCUUCUUCCACUGGAUGAUCAGGGAGAAGAUCCAAACAAUACUAAUGCUACAGAGACAGAAGUGAGCGGUGAUGAGCAGUAUACGAAGAACAUUCCUACAGAGAAAGAUUUGAUCAAUAUUAAUCGUACAGAUAUGAAGGAAGAAGAAGAGACAGAUGUGAUCGGUGAUGAGCAGUAUAAGGAGGACAUUCCUACAGAGAAAGAUCUGAUCUAUAGUAAUACUACAGACUUAAGGAAAGAAGAAGAAGAGACAGAUGUGAGCAGUGAUGAGCAGUAUAAGGAGGACAUUCCUACAGGGAAAGAUGUUAACAAUUUUGAUGCUACAGAUAUAAAGGAAGAAGAAGAGACAGAUAUGAGCGGUAAUGAGCAGUAUCAGGAGGACAUUCCUACAGGGAAAGAUCUGAACAAUUUUAAUGCUACAGAUAUAAAGGAAGAAGAGACAGAUAUGAGCGGUGAUCAGCAGUACAAGAAGGAAAUUCCUACAGGGAAAGAUCUGAUCUAUAUUAAUCCUUCAUAUAUGAAGAAAGAAGAAGAGACAGAUGUGAGCAGUGAUGAGCAGUACAAGAAGGACAUUCCUACAGGGAAAGUUCUGAUCUAUAUUAAUGCUACAGAUAUAAAGGAAGAAGAAGAGACAGAUGUGAGCGGUGAUGAGCAGUAUAAGGAGGACAUUCCUACAGGUAACCACCCAGAUUCUUGUAGCAGGAGAUCAGAGGAGAAUCUUAUAUCUUCAGAUUAUAAAGCAGAUGAUGAUAUCACACAAGAUACAUAUGAAGAACAUUCCAUUAUCCCAGAUACACCCUCAGCCCUUCACAGCCAAGAUCUGUCAUCUCAUCCUUAUAUACAGGUCCUGUCUUCUCAGUCAUCACAGGAUGUUCAGCAAAAUAAAAGUCAUAGAAGGAAUGAUGGACAUCAACGAGCUCAUACAGGAAGGAAACCAUAUUCAUGCUCAGAAUGUGGGAAAUGUUUUACUUUGAAAGCAUAUCUUAUUCAACAUCAAAGAACUCACACAGGGGAGAAGCCAUUUUCAUGUGCAGAAUGUGGGCAAUGUUUUACUAACAAAUCAAAUCUUCUUGUACAUCAAAGAACUCACACAGGGGAGAAGCCAUUUUCAUGUUCAGAAUGUGGAAAAUGUUUUAUUCAGAAAUCGCAUCUUGUUAAACAUGAAAAAACUCACACAGGAGAGAAGCCAUUUUCAUGUGCAGAAUGUGGGAAAUGUUUUACUAACAAAUCAAAUCUUCUUGUACAUCAAAGAUCUCACACAGGGGAGAAGCCAUUUUCAUGUUCAGAAUGUAGAGAAUGUUUUACUCAGAAAUCACAUCUUGUUAAACAUCAAAGAACUCACACAGGGGAGAAGCCAUUUUCAUGUUCCGAAUGUGAAAAAAGUUUUAAUAACAAAUCAAAUCUUCUUGUACAUCAAAGAAGACUCUGCAAGACUCUGCCAUGGCAUCGCCCCCAUUCCACCAAAAUCCCUCCUCAUGUCUCACCCCAACACAAAAAAUAAAAAAAUGUUUUUAGUAUAUAUAUAUGUUGUGUAUAUAUAUUGUGAAUUCAAAUAGAGAAA